GAGAGAACUGAACAGACUAAGCUCUCCCGAUAAGCACAUUUAAGUUAGCCAAGUAUAAAACCCUUUGACCAACUUCAUACUCACAACAGUUGGAUUUCUUUGUUCGAAAAGUGUCGUCGUUUUCGGUUUAUUUUUUUAAUUUUGUACACGGGAAAUUUUUCCUUAAGCAGAGUAGUGGUUUAUUGGCAAUAUUUAAUUGAUAAAGUGAACAACUGAUAAAAUGCAUUCCAUCAAGGGAACAACAACAUAUGGACGCCUUUUAAUUGGCAUCAGCAUUGCAACUUUACUAUUGACAUUGGCAACCGCUGAGGUUGAUCCAGUUCCAAUAAAGUGCUUUCAAUGCUCCUCAAAGGAUUCGAACGAUUGUCUGGAUUUUACAAAACUCCAAGCGAAAGUUUGUAGCAAUACUGCGGCCACUAAAUGUUUUACCAAGAACGAUGCUGGUACUAUAACAAGAGACUGUAUGGGAGGUGGGGAUUGUACUGGUGAAAAUUGCAAAACUUGCGAUGGCACCGAUGCAUGCAACAAUCAUAAUAUCUGCAAGAAAUGUUCUACUGAUGAUGCCCUAUGCUCCCAAAGCCAAGUCACCGAUAUCAAAUAUAAUUCCAUAUGUGAUUCAUCUACAACGGAGUGUUUUGCCCAAGUGAAGGACAAGAAGGUAGAAAGACGUUGUGCCGCUGCUCAGGAUACAUGUGAUGCAACAUCAACCACAUGCAAAAAAUCAGCUGCAGCAUUGAGUAAUCAGGGCUUUUUCCCAGCAAAGCGUAUACAGUGCUAUCAAUGCUCCGGUUCGGAAUGCUCUGACCCUUCAACCGCGACCAUACUAGCUAAACCAUGCGCCAAUUACGUGGACAAUGAUCAGUGCUAUAUGACUGCGGAGAGUGCUGCUGCUGUUGUGCGAGGCUGUAAAUCGGAUGAUGGUACCAAAUGUUCCGACGAUGCUGGUGAUAAAAGCAACUGCUUCACCUGCUCUGCUGAUAGUUGCAACAAUUCUGCCUAUGAGAAAAUUCAAAAACUGAAAUGUAUUCAAUGUGAGGGAGACGAUUGCUAUAAGGAACAACAGGCCAGCGAUGCAAAGGAUUGUAAAGAGAAAAUUCUAUAUAACGCCGAAGAGUCAUGCAUUACUACAUUCACCAAAGAUGGUAUCUACAGGGGAUGUUUGCACGACAAUCCCACUCUGGCCGAGGAGUGUAAUAAAGAUGGCACUUCAUGCAAGAAAUGUAACUCUGGCGAUGGCUGCAACAAAGAGGCAGAGGAAAAUACCUUCACAUGCAUUGUCUGUCGCAGUGAUAUUGAUAAGAAAUGCUGGAACGAAGCUGAUUCUACGGGACAAAAAUGCCGCACAGGUGAAAGUUCAGCCCAAGAAGGAUGUUUCCAUGGAAUUUGGAAUGAUGUUGCCAUUCGUGGAUGUGUAAUCGAUGCGGAUGAGAAAACCAAAGCUACCUGCCUGGAUGCCAAUAAUCAUCAGUGCCGAGUCUGCUAUGCUAAAAAUUGCAAUAAGGAUAAGUCAUCGUCGGCACCUCAAAGUGUUACCAUUUUCACUGGCCUCUUAGUAAUGAUGAUAUCGGCCAUUUGGUAUUUGAAUUAAAUUCUAUAAAACGUUUCUUUGCUAAUACACGUAACAAUAAGUUUUUGUAAACAUUUCCUACAAUAUGUUGGAAAACAUAUUGUCUAUUAAAUAGAUGAAGAUAUUUUUCUUCAACUUCAUUAAAAUUCCAAAGAACAUCGGAUUUUACAGAUUUAUUUGUUAGUUAAUGAUGGGAGACAAUAAACGCUGGAAAAAGGUA